CACGCGCAGUGAUAAAAUGGGGUCGGCCUCAGUGCUGCAGGCAGUGUGACUCACAGUUCGCUGGGUGACACCUGAGGAGCCACAGCAGAGAGAGGAUGGCCCAGGUCCUGCAUGUGCCUGCCCCGUUCCCAGGGACUCCUGGCCAGGCCACCCCUGCAACCUUCCCCGGCAAAGAGCCAGAUCCACCUUACUCUGUGGAGACGCCGUACGGCUACCGCCUGGACCUGGACUUUCUAAAGUACGUGGAUGACAUUGAGAAGGGCCACACACUGCGCAGGGUGGCAGUGCAACGCCGCCCGCGCCUGGGCUCCCUGCCGCGGGGCCCAGGUUCCUGGUGGACGUCCACGGAGUCGCUGUGCUCCGAUGCCAGCGGGGACAGCCGGCACUCGGCCUACUCCUACUGUGGCCGUGGCUUCUACCCACAGUAUGGGGCGCUGGAGACCCGCGGCGGCUCCAACCCACGUGUGGAGCGUACGCUGCUGGAUGCACGGCGCCGGCUCGAGGACCAGGCGGCCGCCCCAUCAGGUGGCCUGGGCUCCCUGACACCCAGCGCCGCGGGCUCCACCAGCUCCCUGGCAGGUGUAGGCCUGCUGCCGCCCACACCUCGCAGCUCGGGUCUGUCCACCCCGGUACCACCCAGCGCAGGUCACCUGGCCCAUGUGCGAGAGCAGAUGGCUGGGGCCCUGCGCAAGUUGCGCCAGCUGGAGGAGCAGGUGAAGCUGAUCCCCGUGCUCCAGGUCAAGCUGUCAGUGCUCCAGGAGGAGAAGAGACAACUCACCGUACAACUCAAGAGCCAGAAGUUUCUAGGCCACCCCACAGGAACACGGGGCCGGGGUGAGCUCUGUCUGGACCUUCCGGAGCCUUCUGAUGACCCUGCUGUGCUAGAGACCCGCUCUGUAGGCACCUGGGUCCGGGAACGGGACUUGGGCAUACCAGAUGGUGAAGCUGCCCUGGUGGCUAAAGUGGCCGUGUUGGAGACCCAGCUCAAAAAAGCGCUGCAGGAGCUGCGGGCGGCUCAGACCCAGCAGGCCGACCUCCAGCCCCAGGCCUGGCCACCGCCAGACACCCAGGUCCGUGUGGACACCAUACGAGUGGUCGAGGGUCCUCGGGAAGUGGAGGUGGCAGCCAGCACAGCAGCGGGAGCCCCUGCACAGCGAGCCCAGAGUCUGGAACCCUAUGGAGCAGGGCUGAAGGCCCUGGCCACAUCUGGGGGCACAGAGAACGCCCUCGUGUUCCGCAGCCAUGAGGUGGUGGAGACUAUGUGCCCGGUGCCCACAGCCAGCACGAGCAACGUGCACACGGCCAAGAAGAUCAGUAUUACAGAACGGAGUUGCUUUGGCGUGACCAGGACUGCAGGUGUCCCACAGGCUCCCGCAGAGCCUUCCUCCUCCACUGCACACCCUGCUGCAGCGCCCAUGAAACAGUCCGAGAAUCCUGACCAGGCAGCUCCCGCGGACACCACUGACAGGGAGCCCACAAGGCCAGCAGCCUCCCAGGAGACACAAGUGGCUGAGGGAGCAGACAGAGUCUCUGUAGGAGGGCAGUCUACCUUGAAGAGGAAAGAGGACCCUGCAGAUCCCGGAGCCCACCAGAGGAACCUCCAGUUUGUGGGGGUCAAUGGCGGUUACGAGUCAUCCUCAGAAGACUCCAGCACAGCAGAGAACUCAGAGCACGAGAGCACAGAGAACGAAGCCCCAGAGCCACCAGCAAGGGCCCCGAGCACAGCUGAAUGCUCUCAGCUCAGGCCUUCUGGGACUGCAGCAGCCAAGGCCAGUCUGGAAGAGAACCAACUGCCCCAGGAAGCUCAGCGUGUGCCCGCAGCUGAGGCGGCAUCAGAAUCCAACUCCGAGGAGGAAAUUCGGAUGGAGCUGAGCCCUGACCUCAUAUCAGCCUGCUUGGCCCUGGAGAAAUACCUGGAGAACCCCAAUGCCCUCACUGAGCGAGAACUGAAAGUGGCCUACACCACAGUACUUCAGGAAUGGCUGCGCCUGGCCUGCCGCAGUGACGCUCACCCUGAGCUUGUACGGCGACAUCUGGUCACCUUCAGGGCCAUGUCUGCCCGGCUGCUGGACUAUGUGGUCAACAUUGCCGACAGCAACGGUAACACGGCGCUGCACUACUCCGUGUCCCAUGCCAACUUCCCUGUGGUGCGGCAGUUACUGGAUAGCGGCGUCUGUCAGGUGGACAAGCUGAACCGUGCUGGCUACAGCCCCAUCAUGCUCACUGCUCUGGCCACCCUGAAGACCCAGGAUGACAUGGAGACCAUCCUUCAGCUCUUCCGGCUUGGGGAUGUGAACGCCAAAGCCAGCCAGGCUGGACAGACGGCCCUGAUGCUGGCAGUCAGCCACGGACGGGUGGACGUGGUGAAAGCUCUGUUGGCCUGUGAAGUGGAUGUCAACACGCAGGAUGAGGAUGGCUCCACGGCCCUAAUGUGUGCAUGUGAGCACGGACACAAGGAGAUCACCGGGCUCCUGCUGGCUGUGCCCAACUGCGACAUCUCACUCACCGACCGAGAUGGGAGCACAGCACUGAUGGUGGCCCUCGACGCAGGGCAGAGCGAGAUCGCAUCCAUGCUGUACUCACGCAUGAACAUCCAGUGCUCGUUCGCUCCCAUGUCAGACUACGAGAGUCCGGCAUCAUCCUCAGCUGAAGAGUAAAGACCGGGAGAGGCCAGUGACUCCCCAAGGACCCCAGCCACACAGCCACACAGCAGAGGCGCCUCCCCUCAUCCCACCCCCUGUCUGCCCUGCACUUCCUCAGCCUUCCUCUCCGGGGGAGUCCUGACGUCUGCCAGACUCAGCUCUACAGGCCUUUCCCAGCACCCUGAGUUCAAAGCCACAUUCAAAGCCAAAAAGCCAAACUACUUUCUCCGCCCAGUUGGCGGCAGUUGCUGACACCCGGGUGUGGGUUUCUUAUGGAGAACAUGGAGAACAAUCAGCCGGCAAUUAUGGGAGGAGUGGGGGCAAGAAGGGAAAAUACUGUAUUUUUGAGUCAUUGUUAGGGGAAGGGAGGGGUCAGAAUUUGAGUUGCUAAAUUCGAAUGUCACUGGAAUGUUAGAGUCUCCUUGUCCUGACUUCACUACGGCAAGUCUCCACUAGGCCUGCUUAAUGCCCUUGUGCCUCAUGUCAUUGUCUAGUGUAUAAUAGGGUUUUGUCCACCGCCCUCCACCCCCAGACAGUUUUCUUGGGGGCCAGGGGAGUCUCCUGUGAUUGCUUCACAAUAUAAGAUUCUGUCACUCUUGAGCGUGCGGUCUCUCCCCAGGUCGGAGAUCUGUCUUUUCAAGAUCUGUCACCCACUCCCUCCCCCCACACACAUUCAAGUUGGGGCAUCUCAGCACCCUGCAGUAGAGGUCCUGGUGGGCCCUGUGGCUUGGAAAUGACCAUCUUACAAGGAGGAAUGACACAGGGAGAGCUCAGGACACAGGAGUGUUCCUAGAAAAGCUCUCAGACCGACAGAGGAAAGAGAAAAGGGGCCAUUCCAGAGUGUCUGUCUCCCAGCUUGGAACCCAGAACUGCUCUCCUCCAAGGAGAGUAAACAGAGGCUGUGAUACUGACCAAGUACAGGCGCAUUCCACAGCCCAUGUGGUCUUGAUUAGGUGCUGGCUGGCCUCAAAACACACCCAGAAGUAUCUUAAAGUCACAGGCUUCACGGAAACCCAACGGCCAGAGGAGUAGCUGUGUGUGUGUGUUCCUAAAGCUCUAGAGUGCCUGUUGGUGACGGGGCACAGGCAGGCUGCACUUUUCUUUUAGUGGGUUUUUUGGUUGUUUUGUUUUGUUUUUCUGUUCCCGGAAUCUCAGCAUGUUUUUGUUUUUCCUAGUUUCCUUGUCUUUGUAAAGAAGAAAGGAGACCACUUCUAAAUGUGCCUUGUGAUGGGAGCAGUCUUGUCCAGGUCACAGCUGUACCCACUGGGCUUUGGAGCCAAACCUCAGCAGGGCAGAGUCGAGGCUUAUGAGCUAAGGAAAGUGCUGGGUUCUCUUCUAGACAAGUAGGUCUCUUGGUUUGAUGGAAUCGUAGUUGGCUUGGGUUUUUAGGUCGAAGGCAUAGAGGCUUGGUUGGCAUGAGGUGGAUGCGUGGAUGGAUGAGUGCCUGGGUAGAGGCUGAAUAGAGAUGAGUGAUGACAGACAGAUGGACGAGUGUGUGGAUGGAUGAUAAAUGAGAGACGGUGAGUGAUGGGUGGGCUGGCGGGCGGAUGUCAGGAUGGAGUCUGCACGUGGAUAGAGCUGCCGGUGCCUGAGGGGUGCUCACAGUCUCCGGAAGCAUUCUCUGUGAUCCCAAAGCACAGAGCUCCUCAUACAAGUCCCUGUCUGUCUCUGCUACUGUUCUCUCUGCCUCGGGGACAGCAGGGUCAGUGCUUGUCCCUGCUUUUUUCUAUACUCAGCUCCACUUUGCGACCACGGUACAUCCAUGAAGACAGUGUUACACGUAAAUGAAGUAUUCUUUUCUUGUAAUCAUGUUUCAGGAAGUAAAAGGACUUUUAAUAAAGCUACAAACAAUGGC